AUGGAAGCCGUUGGAAACUCAUCCAAAAUCUUAGAAGAGCUCCUGUCUUUACCAGAAAACAGAAAAAUUCGAAAACCAUUAAUGGAGAAGAAGAGGCGUGCAAGAAUCAAUGAAAGUUUGGAAACUUUGAAAAAUAUCCUGUUAGAAUGUGAUCCAGAUUUGGCCAAUCGUGCCACUCCCAAAGGUUCGAAGCUGGAAAAGGCCGAUAUACUAGAAAUGACUGUAAACUUUUUGAGAAGAAUUAAAAGAAGACCUCAGCCAUAUCCACAUGCUGCGCCAGGCUGUUUUCCUAAUCCUGCGUUGAUCAAUUAUUCGCCGAUGUAUUCAAAAUCCAUGCGCGUGCAGAAUAUUCAGUAUCAGCCCGCACUACCUAUAUUAAACCAAGCACAACUCCCAUACAUGUACCCGUAUGCUGGUAAUAACCCUAAACUGCAAUUUGUUCCGGAUUCUUCGUCAUUAUCCUGCUCUACUGCAAGUCCACUGAUUGAAAAGACAGUUCAAAAUCAAGCUCAACCUGUCUCUUGUCCUGCAUCUCCUGAGUUACAUCAUCAAGUAGUUUCAUCAACAAGUACAGAAGAAAAUGGACACUUAGAUGAAUCCUGGGAUAGCUGUGUGGACGUCGAUGAAGACAGCGAAGAGGUAUGGAGACCUUGGUAA